AACUGAUUUUAGCUAUAAUGGACCGGUACAACUUCCAGUCCCAACUAGAGCACUUACAGUCAAAAUACAUUGGCACCGGACAUUCAGACACAACUAAGUUCGAGUGGAUGGUCAACCAGCACCGGGACAGUUUCGCGUCCUAUAUUGGUCACUACCCCCUCAUGGACUACUUCUCCCUUGCUGAGAACGAGACCAAGGCUAGAGUUACAUUUAACCUUCUGGAGAAGAUGUUGCAGCCAUGUGGACCCCCUCCAGAGAAACCAGACUGGAUGUGAGGACCCGGGAUGUGGUAGUGACGUCAUAGUGACGUCAUGAUAGUGACGUCAUAUUAACAGUUGCAGUUGCUAUACCGUGUCAUGUAAAACGAUUCAGAUUGCUCCCGAACAUUGCAGAUUUUGUGCUGAAUUCAAUUUGAAUUGUUCGGUGCAGUUUCGCUGAAUAUAAUAUCACUUUAUUGCAUUGUUUUAUCCGAGUAUGUGAACAAAAUUUUCAUUGACGAUUGAUGAAAUUCAAGAGUUCACUUAACGAUAUCAAAAAUAAUAUUUUAAUUUCUUGCAAAAUCUAA